GAUCUGGGCCAGUUCUCGUUCCCGACUUCGCCCAGCAUCACGCGAGGCCACAACGCACGAGCUCUGCGAAUUAUUUCGCGAUUUCUUUUUUAAAUAGCUGCUAUUUAAAAAAAUAUUUUUUGACCCCUUUAAGAUUUUUUCUAUUACAUUAAGUCGUUAAGGAUGGCACUUCGGAGAACUUCAAGUUAGGUCUUGAUCCGCUGACUGUACGCUUAAAUGGAGACAUGCUGGAUGAAAGUUCAGCAACUACUUCUCUCUAACCUUCCGUCGACAUGUCGAGCGAGCCAGAGACCACGAAACACAAGGGUCACACGUCGAGCACAAUAAAAAAAAAGCACAGAUCGAGGUCGACACCGCGUUACAAUGACGUGGAGAAGCCCCACAAGAAAAGACACACCAGUGCCGCCAAUUCGUUGGUAUCCAUUCCUAAUGCCAUUAAGCUGUCGAUGUUGAACAGUGGACUGCUGCCCACCAGUAAAUUUAGCGAUGAAAAUGGAACAGUAACAGAUACGCUGAACGAUCGACCUAUCGACAUCCAAGAAUUUUUGAAACUGUGCGAGCAGAGAAAGAAGUUUCCCGUCCUCUACAAAUUAGAAUUCGAAAUAGCUGAAAAGGUUGAACCUCACUCUUGUCGACAUGGCAUCAAAAAAAGUAAUUUAGAGAAAAAUCAGAACCAAAAAUGCAUUCCUUAUGAUUAUAAUAGGGUAGUUUUAGAUGCAAUAGAAGGCGCAUCUGACAGUGAUUAUAUAAAUGCUUCAUACGUAGAUAGUUUACUAAAGCCAAAUGCCUACAUUGUAACUCAAGGGCCCACAGAGGAGACGGUCACAGAUUUCUGGCGUAUGGUUUGGCAGGAAAGGGCCAGCUGCAUUGUUAUGUUAACUAAAACGUUUGACUUCAUCAAGGUGAUGUGUGUUCAGUAUUGGCCAGCGUCCAACGAUUUGGAAGAAACUUACGGAGGAAUUCACAUUUCUAUUGUUCAAGAAGAAGAACUGGCAAAUUUUCGGAUACGCACUUUUCGGUUAUACAUUAAAGACCAUGAAACUGUAAAAGAGGACCGGAUUAUUCUUCAGUUCCAUUUUACAGAAUGGCACUGUCAUUCUUGCCCCUUCGGAAACGCUUUGCUCGAAUUUAGGAGAAGAGUUAGGGCUGUGGUUGGUACGCGCAUUAAGUCCAACGAAGCGGGGCCGAUGAUCGUCCAUUGCAACGAUGGUGGGGGAAGAUCGGGAGUGUACCUGGCAAUCGACGCCAAUAUGGAGUUAGGAGAAGAGGAGGACAAGUUUAACGUAUUUGGGUAUUUGAAAAAACUGAGACAAUCAAGAAUGGGAUUAGUCGAGAAUAUUGAUCAGUACAAGUUCAUUUAUGACACUUUGGAAGAAUAUGUGACCUGCGGCAACUCCUGGUUCAGCGUGAGUGAACUUUCUCAAAGGCUUAAGCAGAAAUCUCAAAGGAACACUAUAACUAAAUUGAAUGAGUAUCAACGGGAGUAUAUGCUGAUAUGUAAACAAACUCCUAGGUUCACUAUCGGCGACUGCGCGGGAGGACACAGAGGCGAUAACAGGAAAAAGAAUCGAGAUGUUUUGAUAGUACCUCCCGACAACUUUCGACCUUAUUUGACGUCAUUCCAAGGAAACAAUUUUACUGAUUACAUUAACGCGGUUUUCGUCGAUGGAUAUACGAAGCCCAGGGAAUACAUAGUCACAGAAUGGCCUUUGAAAACGACACUUGGUGAAUUUUGGUCGCUAGUUUAUGAUUACGAAUGCUCGGCAGUGGUGAUCCUCUGUGUACCUCCUCACAAUUCGCAACAGUUUCCGUCUUUUUGGCCCGAAGGCCGCACACCCAAAAAAUAUGGCCCGGUGUUUACGAUAGAGCAUAUAUCCCACAGCCACUACCCAAAAAUUAAAAGUUGGGUGUUUAGAAUUAACAAAAAGAUAGUGUCUCUGACCGAAUUAAUGGCCGGGGUAAAAGCUCCCCCGAAGGUGGUCCAGUUAUUUCAAUUGAUGUGCUGGCCCAUGGGACACAAAGUGCCUACUUCAACAAAUUCUCUGGUUGAAUUAAUGAAUAUGGUCGAAAGAUGGAGACAACGUAGUGAUUACGGACCUGUGUGCGUAGUUUCGCCAGACGGCCGAAGUCGUUGUGGAAUAUACUGUUCGGCAAAUGCUUGCAUCGAACAAGUAAUCCAGCAUGGGGAAGUGGAUAUAUUCCAGGCAGUGCGAACCGUUCGCAGGCACCGACCGCAGCUUAUAGAGAAUAUAACCGAAUAUAAAUACUGUUACGAUGUCGUCCUUCAUUACGUCCUCCACUACCUUCAGAAAGACCUCGACGAAAUGAAAUCUCCUAAAACUAAUAAGCACUGACUAGCUUUCUGUUUUCUAGCGCAUAGCGGACCCUUGAAACGGGGCGAACAAUUUUUAGGAAUAUUCUACACAAUUCGAGGCCAAACUUGUCUGUGAAAUGAUUAAUAAAUUGCUAGGGUUACAACUAUUUUGUUGAGAUCUAUGUUAUGUUGUACUAUCGCUAUAUAUGUCUAUUUUUCUUACUUCGUUGCUAAAAUUAUAUGUAUAUCUCUGGAAAGAGAGAAAUAAACGAUAUACAUUCGUCGGGACUAAUUCCUUA